AUGGCCUCGCAAGCAGUGUCGUCUGGACCUACCCCAGCAGCUCCAGGCGGGGGAGUCCAACUGCCACCCACCGCCGAACAAUUGCAAACCGCCUUCGACCAUGGCAUAUGGUAUCUCUUGUCGCUCUGGCCGGCCUUGCAUGUCGCCUGCCAGAACGGCUGGGGCGGGCCCGACUCCAACGAGAAGAAGGACUGGUUUGCCGGCGCCGUCUCAGAUCUCUUUGCGCAACGCCCCGAGACGGACUUUGAAGAUCUUGUCGUCUUCCUCUUGCAGGUCGUGCAGGACGAGUUUGACCUGAAUGUCGAGGACGAUACGGAGGAAGAGGUGGCGCGCAGUAUCCUGGUGUUGAAGAAGCGGUUGUUCGAGGAUGGCGAUGUGUCGGCUCUUCGGGAGCUUGAGCAGAGGUGGAAGAACAGAGGACAGAUGAAGACGGACGUGCAGGUGGAAGAUAGGGAAAUCGAGGGCGACGAGGACGAGUGGAACGGGUUCGAGGAUGAAGAUGUCGACAUGCAGGAUGCUGUACCGAAUCUUGCGUCACAACCCAAGAAAGAGAAACCACAACCCGAGGUAGAUGACGACGGUUUCACAAAGGUCGUGGGCCGACGCAACCGGUGA